AUGUCAGCAAACAGCUACAUAGCUACCCACAGAUGCUCACCAUCGCGCAUACAUCCCUCCCGUACGCAUACGCUCAUUCCAUCCCUCACAGAUCAGGAAGAGGUCUUUGCUGGGGUGGGCUUUGUGAUCUCACACCCCGCCAUUGCUAUGAACAAGGUCACGGCCAUGCUAAUAGAGGAGCACGGGGGUACUGUGUUCCGGAGCUUCAGUGAUCUGACGGACGACUGCUGGUUGAACUGUGUGUAUCUUCUGGCCCACAACCCCACGAUGUCCGUCAAGUACUUGGAGGCAGUGGCCAGAAAUCUACGGUGCGUGAAGUUCGCAUGGAUUGACGCGUGCCUCGAGGAAAACUAUCUGCUCAGCACCGAGGGCUAUGAGCUGCCGCCAGGACAUAUACCCGACCGUGUGAUGGAGUUGGCACCAACUCCGAGUACACCUAUACAUAUGAGACGCCACCGAGUUUUUGAAAAUCUUGCUGUGCUAGUAGGAGGGACAAAGCCAUUCAAGGUAGGGUGUACGUUAAGCAUUGGUCAUUGCUUUGCAAUGAUUGGUCGCAUUGACAUCAGCAUGAUUGGUAUAAAGGCCUGAACGAAGGUCUGCAAAGUGGACUUGUACCAAAAAAGGUGCUUAUACCAGCCAAUGUGUGCUUGGACCACUGCUUUGAGGGUAUGUACACAAGUGAUAUACGUCGUGUGUCACGUGUUGUUUGGGGCCAGUUCACCAAUUGCAGCUCAAGCGAGAAUGUACUCUAAAGGAAUGACCUAUCCGAGAGUAACUUACUACUCCCGGUAAUGUGACGCUGCUACGGCUCUCGCGCUGGUAUGAACGAGCAGC